AUGCCUGAAGUAAUGCCAAUACCCACUAGCCAAAAAUGGAGAGAAAUCGCAGAUGAGUUUUGGAAAUGUUGGAACUUUCCAAACUGUAUUGGAUCAUUGGACGGCAAGCAUGUAGUAAUCCAAGCACCGCCAAAUAGUGGGUCACUAUAUUUUAACUACAAAAAGACCUUUUCAGUGGUACUUAUGGCUCUCGUCGAUGCUCAUUAUAAUUUUAUUGUGGUAGAUGUAGGCGCGUAUGGUAGGAAUAGUGAUGGAGGUAUUCUAAUGAAUUCGAAACUAGGAAAAAGCUUAGAUAGUAAACAACUGAAUGUACCUUCAGAUACUGAACUUCCCGGAACUGAAAAUUUGGCACCAUUUGUGAUUUUAGGAGACGAGGCAUUCCCUUUAAAAACAUAUCUUAUGAGACCCUACCCUGGAAAACAGCUCGACGAUAGUUCAAAAAGAGUAUAUAAUUAUCGUCAUUGCAGAGGAAGGAGAGUUGUUGAAAAUACGUUUGGUAUUUUGACACAAAAAUUUAGAAUAUUCAACCGAAGAAUCCAAGCAAAACCUGAAAAUGCUGACAAUAUAAUUUUAGCAACUUGUGUUUUGCAUAAUUUCAUUAAAAUAAAUGAAGGAAGGAUAACAUACAAUAGAGAAGAAAAUAUCAAUUCAGCAGUAGAUUUGACAUUACAAAAUAUUCCAAUACAGGGUGGAAAUGCAAGUCAACCAGCCUUUCAGGUGAGAGAACUUUUCAAAGAAUUUUUUAAUUCUACUGCUGGAUCAGUUUCAUGGCAAGAUGAUGUCAUAUAA